GAUGCUUAUAGAGGGAGCCGGAUAUAAAUCUAUAUUUCGGAAGUGCCCAGGCGUUAUUUUUGAAAGCGGAAGUAGAAUAUUUGCGUUUUUGUUUUGGAAUUAUCUUUAAGGUCUGGAAGUAUCAUCAUGAAUCUCGAGCGAGUUCCCAAUGAGGAGAAACUAAACCUGUGCAGAAAGUACUAUUUGGGUGGAUUUGCAUUUCUUCCAUUCUUGUGGCUGGUUAAUGUUGUGUGGUUUUUCAGAGAAGCUUUUGUAAAGCCAGCAUACACUGAACAGUCUCAGAUCAAAACAUAUGUGAAACGAUCUGCCUUGGGCUUGUUACUCUGGGUGGCUGUACUCACAACUUGGAUAACAAUAUUCCAGCAUUUCAGAGCACAAUGGGGAGAAGUUGCUGAUUAUUUGUCCUUCACUAUUCCACUGGGCAUUCCAUGAACAGUAAAAAGACACUUGCUUUACUUUUUUUCCAACACAGUUACCCUAACCUAAACAGUUUCAGACUGAACAUUAGAGAAUCUCCCCUUAUUUUUUACCAGAUUAAAACUGUUUUCAUAAAUAAUUUGUUUCAGUAACAGGUACCCAGAAACAGAAUGAUAGAUUUGCAAAAUCAAAAUUUAAUGUUUAGCUCUAACUCUGUAACACAGUAAAGAACAUCCUUUUUCUGGAAAGAGUGAAUAUUUGUUGCCGUACUAUGCUUACUUUAAUGUCAAAUUGCAUCAGUUGCUAUAGUAUGUCAUAUUUUUAAGAUAUAAAGAAUGUCUUAAAUUUAAAUUGAUACGCUUUUGGAAAUGUCAUUGAAACCAAAAUAAACGUGUAAGUAAAUAAA